AUGGUGUCGACGAAGCAUCUUGUUGCAGGCCUCUGCCUGCCUGCGUUAGCUCUUGCGGCUGAGAAAGCAGUAUACGCCCAUUUCAUGGUCGGAAUAGUCGAAAACUACACUGUGGAUGACUGGAAACAAGACAUCGCCCAAGCCCAGGAAAUCGGCAUCGAUGGCUUCGCGCUAAACUGCGCGCCACCACGUGUAGACAGCUACACGCCAAAGCAGCUUGCCAAUGCGUAUGAAGCAGCUGCAGAUACGGGAUUCAAGGUGUUCAUCUCAUUUGACUUUGCAUACUGGGGAGACAAUGAUUCAAACGACAUCACGUCGAUUCUACGAAACUACAGCGCCCACACAGGUCAGGCCUACUACAAUGGAGGGGCUCUCGCUAGCACUUUUGUCGGGGACUAUUUUGACUGGAACAACGUCAAGAAUAACAUGGGCGGACAGAAGCUCACAAUUAUUCCAAUGAUCCAAGACCCGACGUUUCUAUCGCGCCAGACAACCGGAAUCGAUGGCGCUUUGUCCUGGUAUGCUUGGCCGACUGAUGGUGGUAAUAGCGUCAGCCCACCACCAAUGACAACCGUCUGGGACGAUCGAUACCUGGAACACAAGGGAAGCUUGGCCUAUAUGGCUCCUGUCUCGCCCUGGUUCUUCACCCAUUUUAACACCAAAAAUUGGGCUUUUAUCUGCGAAGACCAACCAACUAGACGAUGGGAGCAGAUGUUACAAAUGAAGCCUGAACUGGUUGAGAUUCUGACUUGGAAUGACUUUGGCGAGAGCCACUAUAUAUCUGGACAUGAGCCUCAUCAUAGUGAUGAUGGAUCAUCAGAAUGGACUGCAGAAUAUCCCCAUGAUGCCUGGCGAGCAUUGAUGAAACCGUACAUUGCAGCCUACAAAUCUGGCGCUGCUUCCCCUACCGUUUCUCGCGACGAGCUGGUUUACUGGUACCGAACCACUCCAAAAGGAAUCGAAUGCACCAAUGAUAAGAUUGGGAAGCCGCGCGGGGUUGAACUGUUUGAUGAUGUUGUUUUCGCAAGUGCCAUGCUGACGCAACCUGCAGACCUGACUGUGACCAGCGGAAGCUGGUCUCCCGUUACAGUGUCCGUGCCUGCUGGCAUUCACACACUCAACUUCACCAUGGGAGUCGGAAAGCAGCAGUUUAGUCUUUCUCGCAGCGAUGCCCAUUUACUUGGUGGUUUUGGAGCAAAGGAUAUUCAGCAGUCUUGCGAGACGUACAACUUCAACGCGUACGUGGGAGCUUUCACUGCCUAG